GAAAAAAAUUGGUAUUUUGUCAAGUCAUCUAUAUUUUUAUCUGAACUUUGUUUAAUUUAUACUGAAACAGGCACAAAGUAAAAGAUGAAACAAUAACUAUAGUUUAAAUGUAAUCUCAAUGGAGAUUGUAUCAAUAUCUGUACAUAGUUAAUUUAUUUUGAAUAAGUACCUUACUUGAAUUGUUCUUACCCUCAAAUUGUAGCAUAUUGAAAGAUUUUUAGCUGAUCAAAACUAAAUAUUCAAGUUUAAAGAAAGGUUUUCAGAAUAGUUGUUUUUUAGUAAUAAUAUACUUGUAUUUAUAAAACUAUGCUAAGUAAUACUUGAGUUUAUUACUCAUCUAAUAAUUGUGCCAAAAAUAAAUUCACAUCUAUUUAUAAUAAAUUAAGUAGGCUUAUCACAUACUCUUAUUAUGUAUUUAGAAAAUUUAAUCAAAUUCAUUUGAAUAUAAUUAGUGCAGAGGAACUUUUUCAGCUCCCAAAAUUUUUUUCUGAUCAAGAAAUUUCAUAUUUUAUAUCAGCAUAAACAAUGAAAUCUUGGAAGUAGAUAUUUUCAUUGCUUUGAAAAUUAUUUCAAGAGAUAUUCAAGACAAGACAAUUCUUUUUAGUCCUUGAAUUUUUCCAAUAUUAUUAUUCAAAUUAAACCUAUAUAACCCCAAUUUAGGUAGAACAACUAUCAGCUGAUUGCAGAUCCUAACCCAGAACCAGAUUUUUAUCACAGUUUCCGAACGUCGCGUUCAAUUUUCGCGGGAAAUUUUAAAUUUAUAACAUGAUCUACAGAAAAAAUUUGAUUUUUUAACUUUCUGAUGUGUAUUAAUUGUAUAGUAGAUUCUAGAUAUUUAAUAAUUAUUAUUGAGCAAAAUUUAUCUUUAAAAAAAAACAAAUUUUAAAACAGAAGAGACCUAAAAUCAAGAACAUUAAAAAGCAUUAAUAUAUCAAAGGGUCUAGGAAAUAAGAAAUUAAAUAUAUUUUGCAUUUUACACACAAAUCAAAGUAGGAAGUCUUAAUCAAGUAAUGUACACUUCUGUUUAUUUAAAUAGCAUACAAGGGACAGGUUUUUGCAAUUUUUUUCCGUGAAAAUUCACUUGAUAUUUGUUGCUAUGUUUACCAAUAUUAAGUUAUCAGGUAAGUGUUUACAAAACAAUUUCCAUAUAUACUAAAAUUAUUAACCAUUUCAGUAGUCAUCUUCCACUUUCAGUUAACUGAGGAGGCAAUAAGUACACUUUUUACUUAAACUGAAUUCAAAUUCAUUAUCGAUUUAUCUAUCACUGACAAUGACAGUGACAUUAAGUAGGAACUCCGAUUUAUGUAUGUAUGUUUUUUUAGUGAACAGAAGUGUACAUUGUAAUUAUUUUAGAUGUUUUAAUAUGAUACAUCAUUUUUUGUGAAGUUGUUGUGUUUCCUUUAUACAAUAUGUUAUACUUUUAGAAAUUUACGCAUAUAAAUAAAGCGAAAAAACGCUUGAUCAUAAUUUAAUAUAAAAUUAUCAAAUUGUUGUGUGCAGUAAUGUACCUUAUGAUUUUUGUAAUAUCUUUUAUUUUUUUGAGUUGAGAUUGGUACUUGUGGUUUAUACAGGCCAAAUCAUUCUGAAAUGGUGUUUACUAACCGAUUGUUAUGAGGGCCUGAACAUAGGGCUCUGUGUGGAAAAACAAAUAUAAUUGAAAAGUAUUGGUUACCUCCCGUUGUUUUUACUAAGUGUGAUGGCAUUUGUGGUAGCGAAAACAGACACCCUAGUAGUCCCAUCUUGAAAGUAAUAUAGUGAUGUAAUGGGAAAAAGUUCUGGAGGAAUGAUACUAUAAAAAUGACAAUAGUAUUGGAAUUCUGUAUUCAAAGCAAGCUGCUAAUAGUAGGUAGAAAGCUCUCCUGAGCAUAUAUUAUUCUUAUGCGCCAAUAUCCAAGCCGCACAACCAACUCAAUAUAUUGUCAGCAUGCUUCGCCACAUUCAUUUCAAAGUCGUUAACAAAAAUCUACAUAUAAAAGGUGAAUUGGGGCAAACUAGAAAGUGCUAAAUAUACUGUUUACACCAACACUAACACAUUGUCUGACGCGCGUUUCGGUAACCAAGUUAUCGUCUUCAGGGACUGAAGGUAAACUAAAAUCUAAUAACUUGACAAAAAUAUAUAUGGAACAAAACUAUUUCCAGUACAACAACGAAUUCUACAAGCAAGAUGAAGGAACAGCAAUGGGAAACUUCCUAUCACUGUUCAUGAGUCAUUUUGAAAAGCAAAUCGGUCAAGAGUUUCAGUAUUUUCCCAGGGUAUGGUACAGGUAUGUGGAUGAUAUUAUCGCCAUAUUCAAUACGAAGAAGGUAAACAUAAACGAAUUCAUUUUGGAAUUCAACUCAAAAUAUCCAUCUAUAAAGUUCACCUAUGAAAUGGAAAAUAAUGGACAGUUACCAUUUUUGGACACUUUAGUAAUUAGGAAUAGUAAUAGGUUAGAAUUUGAUGUAUUUAGGAAAAACACCGCUGCAAGCAGGUACAUCCCGGCUGAUUCUUUUCAUUAUAUCCAACAUAAAAUGGCCAGUAUCCAUUUCCUGGUACAUCUGUUAAUUCACUUUCCACUUGCCAUCGAGAGAUACAAUAAGAAAAGGUCCUUCAUUGAGGAUGUAGCUGUACUCAACGGUUAUGAAAAAAGAAUUGUAAAUAGGUUAAUCAAUCGUCAUAAGAAAUCUCUAUGUGAAACCACUUUUUUCCAAACCCAAAGUAAAAAACAAGAAAAAUUUGCUCUGAUACCUUUCAGUCCUCUUUAUACGAGAGGAUUAGCAGAGUGGGUUUAAAAUUGGUUUAUAAAUCCAACAACACAUUAAAACAAUUGUUGAGCAAUCCUAAGGAUAAAAUAUCAAAUUUGGAAAAGAGUGGUAUAUAUGAAAUAAGUUGUGGUGAUUGUGACUGAAAGUAUAUUGGGCAGACUAAGAGACCCGUUAUUGUCCGGUUUAAAGAACACAUAGUUCAUUUGAAAUAUGGACGGACCGGAAAAUUACGCUGCCAGUCACAUUCAUUGCAUAAAUAUUAAUAAUGUAAAAUUGUUAAAAAAUGUAUCCAAUAGUAAAUUAUUGGAUACAUUUGAGAGUAUUGAAAUUGCUAAAUAUAAGAGUAGCUUAAAUAGGGACAAAGGCCCAAUUCCUUACAGCCCACUCUUUAGUUUAGUAGUCAAAGAAUAAACAUGAAUAUUCCCAAGGAGAUUUUUCCGCCGGAAUUAAUUUUUGCGGGAGGUGGCUUAUUGGUGGGAAAAUUUAUUAAAAAACAGGUAAGUCAAGUUAUUAGAUUUUAGUUUAACUUAAGUCUCUGAAGACGAUAAAUUGGUUAUCGAAACGCGCGUCAGACAGUGUACUUGUUAGUGGUUGUGUAAACAGUAUAUUCAGUAUGAAUAUCGCCAACGGUUCUAGAAAUUCCAACUUAGUAGAAAGUGCUAUAUAGAUUGUUUAUCUUCACAAUAAUAUUUGUAAAUUGUUACAUGCAAAUUGUCCCAUUUCUGUUCAUAACCUAUUCAGAGACCUCCAUAUUGGAAAUUCUGUCGUUAGUUAGACGUCCUCUUGAGUACGACUAUAGGUUAUAGUACAUUAUGUUGUCAAAAAUCAAGUCUUCUAGUUUUAAUUCUUGUUUGGAUACCUAUGAUUUUUGUAUAAUAUACAUAUUUAAAUUUUUUUCACAUACAUUAAACGAUUUUAUUGAAUUUAUAUAUAAGGCUCAAAAUAUAAUUGCAAAAAAUACAAAAACUGAAAUUUAACAUGCGUCAUGUUUAUUAUGAUUAGUUUUUUUAAAGGCAGGUUUACCUUUAAUUUAUAUUUAAGGAAAUAAGCUGGCUGGCCAGCUAUAUUUCAAAAAAUUUGAUAUCUUUGUAUAUAUUGUAUAGUAGCAUAUUAAAAAAUAUAGUUCUGUAGAAGCGGGAACGUUAUUGUUUUGUUUCUACAAAAAAAGAUAUUUUGUAUUAAAUGUUUAAAAACCUUUCUUUAAAAUUAAUAGAAAUGCCUAUACUCUUGAUGUGUUGGUUUCUGGAAUUUUGAAUAGUUUAUUGAAACUAAAACACGUCGAUAUUCCAUCAAAUACAGAGUUAUAGGAACAUUUUUAUAAUUGAAGUUUAUUAUCAAUAUACAAAACCGCAUUCAAACUCUAAAGACCGUAUUUAUUAAAGCGUCUUUAAUCUCCGAAUUUGAUAAAGAAAUAAUAGAAUAGGUGGUAAUUUUCACUAAAAUGUGUCGUUUGAAAAAAGAAAAAGAAAAUUAUGGACCUUUAGUACCUUUUUAAUGAAGAAUUCAAAAGUUGUAUAUUGUAUAUAGAUAUUUCGAUUUAAAGGUGAAUACACCGAGAAAAAUAUAUUGAAAAUUGGUUUUUUUUGGAAAGGACGGAACAUGUGAAAGAAGUGAAAUUAUUAUUUCCUACUGCAGUACAUCAACGUCGAAUUAAAAUGAAUCUAACUUUUCUUGAUUUAUCAUUUUUAUUACAACAAAUUCAGUAAAAAUUAUCAAAAUUGUUCAACUAUUCCAUUUUUUCUAUGAUCUUAUCAGUUAUGUGUUAUUGCAGGUACAACUGUUAUUGAGAUACUAAAUUUCCAGGCUCUAUUUCGAAUACUGUUUUCAAUAUUUUAAAUACGAUUUUUCAAGUUUCUGUUUAGAUAUGCAAAACCAGUACAGAAUAUAUUUUACUCCAACCAUUUUUUCUUAACAUAUAAUUGCAGCUUUAAUAUUUUAAGGGUAAAUAUUGAACAAAAGUGAUAAUUGUACAUAGUCAUAAAAAAUUUAUAUUUAUUAUUUCUAAAAUUGUGAAACAUCAAAUAUUUACCAAUAUUAACCUUAAUGUGAAGAUUUUUUUUCUUCACAGGUUAAUUAUUUUAUUGUUUUCUAUUUUUACACAGUAAAUCCAUUUUAUAAAAAAUGAUUUUUGCUUUUCCUCUGAUACAUUGUCCCUUAUUCAUAUACUCAUAUCGUAGUAUCAAGAUUUUUUAAAAUAUAUGGGGAAUCCGUCAUUUACUAAAUAUAUAAUAUUAAUUAAAAUGUAUUGUAUGAACUAAGUAGACACCCUUUCCUUUAAUCUGGACUUUCAUUUUAAAUACUAAUCAAUAAACGUGAACUUCAGAAAAAUCGUGUCUGCUUAAGAUCAGCAAGAAAUGAAUACCAAAUAAGAUACCAGAUAUAAUGUGAUAAAACCGAAAUUAUUUUUGGUUCCUAAAUUCUAUGUUAUGUUUCCUUUGAUAACUGGUAUUAUAAAUUGUGAUUUUCCGAUUUGUUUUAAAGAAACUAUACGUGGAUACUAGGAUAGAUUUUGUAGUAUACUGAAAUAAAUGGAUGACUUAAUCAAGUAACGUCGAUGUACUUAUGAUAAUCUAAUUCUGUUAUUUAUUAUAAUUUUGCUAUUUUAGAAAACUUCAAUUAUUGUGAAUAUUAUUUUCGUUGAUAUUCUCAAGCAACGUUUUCAAGAAGUAUAGAAAACCAAAAGAGAAGAAAAUAAAUAAGUAAAAUAUAAUUCUAAUGAAAAGUAGAAAUCACUUCAAUUAUUCUCAAUUUUAAAUAUUCCCAUAACUUUUGAGUUGGAAAUCUCUUUUCCCUCUAGUAGAUCCAGUUUACUAGAGGACUAAAUUUAAUAAUAUACUAUUGUUCCAUUCAAUAAUAUGCCAUUUUAAUAAAAAUGUUGGAACUAUUUAUUUUACAAUUGUCAAUUUAAAAUUUUCAAUCUCGGAUUUGCCGUAAUCGAUUAUCGUGUUGUCGGUUGCGUAGACAUUAAUAUCUCGUUCUUUCAGGUUUUCAUAACCUAACCUAGAAAAAUUAGUUAUUUAACGCCUUUCGCGGACAACGGCAUCGUUUCUGCAUGAAACAUGUUACGUGUGUAUUUUAUUUUAUUUUGACACAAAUAAUGGAUGAUGCCAAACGUAAAAAUAAUAAAGGAAAACGGAAAAAAAGAGAAGUGAAAAAUGUAGUGUCUUCUUACCUUCAAAAGAGAAAUUACUGUAAUUUACAAACAUUUUCAAUUACAAAGAAACAACAACUGUCUCAAUCUUUAGUAGAAACUGCUGUUGGACGAUCUAAUUCCAUUCUUUAUCGAUGUGAUCCUUUAGUAAUAGAACAGAAUUUUACAAAAUUUUUAAUUUGGUUAAAGGACCAAACAAAACACCAUAAUAAUAAUGAUAUUGAACGUAUUGUUGCUCCACUGUUUUGCCAUGUUUAUAUGGAGAUUCUACGUUAUGAGCAUAGUGAUAGAGCUACAACAUUUUUUAAAUCUAAUAUUCCAUUAAUAAAUGAAAGUAAGUGUGAUAAUAUAAUAAAACAACUAUUUUUUCCGAAUGGUGAUGUAAGGAAAGAUAUAUCUAGAUUUAAGGAGAAAUUUAGAAGCAAUAGAAUCGUAUUACGAUUGAAUCUUGAAUUUUUAAAGAAAUUGAAGAAAUUUGUGCUUGAAAACUGUCAUAUCGUAUUUCUACAAGUACUACAAACAUACUUUGAUUUUCAAAUAAAUGAUUUUGUUAGAAAAGAAAAUGAUAUUAUCACACCUUAUGAGUUUCCCACAGAAGCCAAAUAUCAAAAGUUUUCAAAUGCUAGAAAGGAAUUGAAAAAUGAACAAGCAUUAAUUUAUACUGUGAAAAUAAACAAUGAUAAAUAUGAUGUACCUUGUGGUUUAUUGAAAAGACAGUGUGGACUAGUCAUUCUUGCAGAACAUAACGCUUUACGUUUGAUGCCCUUACAUGCUUUAGACACAAUCCUCAGUGUGAAAAUUAAUAGUCACUUAAAGUUUAUGCAUCAUUCUGAUUAUAUUUAUAGUGUAGACAUAUCUUCAGAUAACAAAGUAUUAGUAACAGGAUCUGCUGAUAGGACUUUAUGUAUUUACAAUUUAGAGUCUAUGACAUUAGUGAAAAAGUGUACAGGACACCUAGGCUCAAUUUAUUGUGUAAAAAUUGGUUGCAAUGGAAAAUAUGUUGCAACAGGUUGUGCAGAUGGAACUGCUAGGCUAUGGCAUCUAAAAACUGGGAAAGUGUUAAGAAUAUUCUGUGGCCAUAAUCAGGCUGUAACAUGUGUAGUGUUUCAUCCAAAUUGCCUAUAUAUAGCUACAGGAUCAGCAGAUAAGAACAUAAGGUUGUGGUGUAUAAAUAAAGCUAUGAGUUUGAGACUACUGCAUGCAAGUAAAGGAACUAUAUAUGAUAUAGCGUUUAGUCCAUGUGGGAAAUUAAUUGCCAGUGCAUGUGAUGAUGGUAUUUUGAUAUGGGACAUAUUGAAUUCUAAAGUGAUUAUUGAAUUUAGAUGUAAAGACUCUACACUCUUAAAAAUUAUUUGGAAAACUGAUGGUAGUGAAAUUUGUGCUGGGAGUGUAGAUGGCAUAAUCAGAAUAUGGAAUAUAAAUAGGACUCUAGAUAAUUGUGAAAAUAACAAAUAUAUAGAUCCUAUAGUUACUCUUUCCCUUAAUGCAAAAAUAUUGAGUAUUGAGUAUGCUUUUGGGACUUAUGGGCUUUUGACAGUAUGAUAUAUAUUUCUAAUUUUCAUAAUUGUCUUACGGUUGAUAUUAUAUUUAUAUUAUUAAAAUUUAAAAAUACUCAUUGAGGGAAGACAAUAAUUUAGGUAAUAUUUCUCUAAUUGAUCAUUUAAAUGUAAAUAGUUAAUUUAUUUCAAAUAAGUACCUACUACAAAAUGGUGUUACUCAAAAAAUUUUGAAUUUAGUAGUAAAUUUGGGUGAAAUCCAUCAUUUGUGAAUUUUAAAGAAAGGAGUACCUAUAUCAAGUGAACAUUUCACAAUGUGUGUAAUUUGUAUAAAAUGUAUAUAUGUAAUAUCUAUUUAACUUUAUUUAUUUUGACAAAACUAGUGAUAUCUAACAUUAAAUUGAUUGUUUUUACAAUAAUAUCAGAAUAUAUUUUUUGAAAAUAGAUAUUUUAUUAAAUUGAGUAGAAUCUAGUAUUUUAAGUGAUUAUCAAAUAUUUUUAUAGUAUCAAUGCUUGUGUGAUGAAAACCUUUUAGAAUUGCUUCAUAUUUUUUAAAUUAAAAGCACAAAAUUAAAUUAUAUUCAAGUCACUUCUUGUACGUGAAGUUAUAUUUUUUAUCUCCAUUGUAUUUGAUAUUUAUUAUUUAGCCUAUGAUUCUUUACAAACAAUAUUUUUCAAAUAAUAUUAAAACUGAAUCAAAACAAUUAUAACAAUGUGUUUGAUUGAAUGAAUUCCAGUUAAACUAUUUACAUUUCAAGCAAAAAAAUUAUUUCAUUGAUUAUUUUUUUGAGAUUGCAUGAAAUUAAACAAUAUUCUUUAUAUUGAUUAUUACAAGAGGUAUUGCAGUUUAAUUUGUGUAUUAAUAUUUCCCGAUUUUGUCUCUUUUAAUUUAAUGCUCGUUUUUUUGUUUAUUAGCUUAUCUGUUGGUGACAUUCUGAGAGAUGAUAGAAACAUUGUUAAUGUAUUCUCACUGUCAGAAGAGCUAUGCAUAUUCCUUUUCAUCUUUCUGGGCAGUGUAACAUCAUUUAAAAAAAAGAAGAGGCAGCCUUGAUCCCAGAACGUUGCCUUGUGUAUCCCUACUGAUAUGUGUUAGGUAUGGGAAGCUGUUUUCCAUCUUAAUUGAAACUAUCUUCAUGUAAUCAAUCAUCGAGUAGUUUUCUAUGUUUGUAUACAAACCUCCAGGCUAAGCUUUAUCAAAUACUUGUUGAAUAUCCAAAAAGUGUUUUCCACAUCUUAUUUUUUUUUUAAUUUUUCUAUUAAGCCAAUUAUUCAAUGUGAUUAUUUUCUCUAAAUCCAAACUAGUGGUUCAGUGUGAGGAUUUUUUCAAUUUAUUAUCAUAUAGAUAGGCAACUAAAUUGACUCUUCUAUUUUCAACAUUGGUGAGUUAAUUUUUUGUCCAUUUGUACGUUUUCUGUAUUUAGUUUCUUUGAUAAGGCUGUGAUGAGUAACAAUAAUGCACAUUUUACUCAGGAGCUUAAACUUAUAAUGGACGGCUAGAAUUAUUGGGAUCAGCCACAGCAUGACCAAACAAUUCUGAUCAAUCUCGGAGGUAAAUUAGUGUAUGACACCUAGUUAUGGGAUGCUGAUGCUCUUGUGUGCUGUUUUGCAAUGACUGCCAAUUUCAGAUGGUGAAAGCGAGUGUGUCGGAUGACCAGCAUUCUAUCAGUACAUGCCAUCCUGAUUCCUAUUCAUAUAUGCUGUAACUGUGCCUCUUUGAACCACAAAUUCUCUUCACAAUUUCAAGCUAGAUCCCUCGAUACAAAUUAUUAAGCGCCCUUCUAUUGGUUGUAGAACUCUUUUUUUCAGUUGCUUAGCAGUGACAGUUGCUCAAGAAACUGGAAGAAUGAGUUCCAAGCCAAGAGAGUACUGGCCAGACCCAUCGCCGGCUCGUCAGUUAUUUGUUUCCCAGCAAGCCGAAAUGGCUUUGUAAUCAAAUUAUCUUAAGGAUAUUGCUUCUUUUCAAAUUCUGGAAGUGACUGCUGUAGAAGUAAGCAAUAAUUUCGAUUUUGCCACUCCGCACACUAUACCGCUAUUUAUGGCUUGCUUAGUGGCUUUGACUUUUGCCCCAAAAACCGUCACAUAUUCGGUACAGCACACCUCAGGACCGACAAUUUAUAUUUCCGUAAACCAUCAGUAUAGUAAACAAUGUUAUAGAAUAUAAGCAUCAGUCCAUCACCUGUUUGCAUUAGUUAAGUUGCAUGUCCUCUUGAAUAAUCUUCACAUACGAGGAUAUAUUGAAAAAUUCUUAGCCAGCCUACUAUAGAACCAAACAAAAUUUCAAUGUCAAAAUAUUUUAUUACUAAACAUAUUCUCCUCUCAAUUGGAUACAUUUAUUACAGAGAACCUGCAACGUCUCUAGACCUUUCAAAAAAAAUGUUUCUUCUUGCUCUGCAAACCAGACCUCCACAGCUUUUAUUACCUCCUCGUUGGAAGAAAAUUUACGAUCUUUUAAACUUUUUUUCAGUUGAGGAAAGAAAUGAUAAUCGGACGGAGCGAAAUCUGGUGAAUACUGGUGCUCCAGUAAUUGAAACCCUAAAUAACGAAUUUUUUGAAUGGCAACAUGAGAUUUCUGUGCAGAGGGGUUGUUCAACACCUUUGGAUAGCUUUCUGCGUCUUUUCUCUUUAAUUUUUCCCGUAGAGUGGUCAGUAAUGUCGAAUAGUAAUCUCCAGUUAUUGGUCUACCCUUAUCCAAAAAAUCUAUUAUGAUUACUCCAUGGCAAUCCCAAAAAACUGAAGUAAGAACACGAAGGACACGAAACUUCUUAGGUCUUGGAGUGUCGCCAUUCCAUCGAUUGUUGCUUUGUUUUUGGAUCGUUGAAAUGCACCCAAGUUUCAUCUAUAGUAACAAUUCGGUUUAAGAAGUCUACAUCGUUUUCAAAUCGAGCGCAGAUCGAACGCGAUGCUUCUAACCUUGCACGCUUUUGGUCAACAUUCAAACAUUUGGGGAUCCAUUUUGCAGCAAUAUUUAUCAUGUCCAAAUUGACGUGAACUAUAUGAUGAAUGCAUUCGUAUGAAAUAUUCAGUGCUUCAGAUAUCCGUUUUAGCCCAAUUCGACGGUUUGAUAAAAUCAUGUCAUGAACUGCAUCGAUAUUUUCGGGGACUGACACAGAAACUGGCCUUCCCGAUCGGUCAUCAUCUUCAAUGGAAAAUUUACCUCUUAUGAAGCGUGCAGUCCAAUUUUUCAUGGUCGAAUACGAAGGACAUUGAUCACCAAGGGUAUUAAGCAUAUCUCCGUAAAUCUGCUUAUCUCUUAACUCUUGUAAAUACAGGUACUUAAUGAUUGCUCGAUACUCCAAUUUUUCGAUUUUCACAAUUUAGGUGGACAUCUUUUUUCUUGUAAUUUAUUGCGUAACUCUGGUUUACUUUUUUGACGUGAAACUUUACACUUCUAAUUAGUUAUUGUUCGUUGCUGUGGUAACGCAAUUUUUUUUUUUGGUUAUGCAUGUAAGUGGUCUAGGCUAAAUAGAUAUCAAUACACCCUCGUAUUAUUCUAAUGAAUUGAAUUUAGCUUGAGAGUUCUACUCGUGCUCAGUCGAAUAGCUCAUUGUUUCUCAAACUAAAGAGUUGCGAGGUUGCAUGUAAAAAAGAAAUCUUUUUAAAAGGCAGUUCAAAGAAGAAAAUUGGGAGCCUUUAGGCUUUAACGAAAAAUGUGUAUGUGUAAUGUUUCUUGUUAUAUGAUAAGCCUUUUAUUUGCACAAAAGUACAUUUAAAUAUAAAUAGAGCUAUGUAUGGAAGGACUUACAGCAAGUGUUAGAUCUGUUGCGUGGUAUUUAUGUCACUAAAAUGGAGUUAUUGCUGUAAAGAACAUGACUAAUGAACUGAAAUAAACAUUAAGUGAUGCUAUGAGGAUAGUCAAUUUCAUCAAAAGUAGAGCUGUUAAGAUGUGGGAAAGUAUUUCAAACAGCUUUUCCUUCAUACUGAUUGAAAGGUGACAUUCUGACAUUUCUUUCUUGACAAAAAGCGCAGCCUCAACCAAAUAAUUUUAUCAACUUUGAUUGCGUUGAAUCCUAAUAACCAAUUUUGGCAAAUUAUGCUGUGCGAGUUUUAUUUCCUUUCACGACUACCUACUUGCGAGUUUCUCUGUUCUUAUGACGGAAAUGAGUAUGGAAACACAUGAGGAGUAAAAGCAGAUCUUAUAUUAAGAACGAUGAGGACUAGAUUGCAAAACAAGAUAAAUACAUAUAAGAACACUCACGCUAAAUAUUCUCCAUCCAGCCGCAACUGACUCGAACCCGCACCAGCAGACCAUUAACCAGGGCGGUAUAGGGUACCAUUCAAAGCAAAACGCGCGGAAUUCGUAACGGUCUCACAAUACUACGAAAAUUUGAGGAAAAAUGAGUUUUUAAAGCAGAUAUGGAAAUACAGAAGUAAAAAUAUCUUCAUUUAGAUAUUUGACUAUUUUCUAUCAUUUACCCAAAUUAUUACUCUUAACAGUAGUUACAGGAAGCGCCUAAAAUAGUUAAUUAUGACAUUCGCUAAUGAAUGUCAACAUUUACAGCAUACGGUCUUUCACAUUAUUACCACAUUCUCAUACUGCAGCAUUAGACUCUCAAAUAUCUAUAAAUAAGUGCCAAAUUAGAAUAGUAUUGAUUUUUAAAACUACAGAGAAUACUUGUUCUCUCGAUCUCAAACUAACAUCACCUACCUCUUAGACUCGAUGUCUUAGGAAAAUCUGAAAUCUUUUCAACUUGUUUAUCACAUUGAUAAACUUAUAAUUCAAGUAAAACGGAAAUAACUUUGUAAAUGGAAGUUGUCAAUUUUAAAAUAGCUUCGUUCGCGGACCUAAUUCCUAACCAGUUCUAGAAUCAAAUAGUGUUAGUGUAAACACAUUAUUCAGAGUGUUCUGCAUAAAAACCGAUACAAAGCAUAGGUAUAUGGUGGGCCCAAAGUAUGACGAUUGAGGUCAAUUAACCUUUACACCAAGUUGUAUCCUAGAGGAGUUAUAGGACCCAAAAUUUCGAAAAAUAGUAUUCCUUUCCAACCAUUUAACUUAAAAAUACCAAAUUUGGUACACUGUAUGGGACUGUUAAGGGCAUUAAGUACUUUGGGACCUUAUAACUUCUCAUGGAUGCAACUUGGUAUAAAGGUAAAUUGCGCCAAAUCGUCGUAUUUUGUGUACCCUAUAUGUCUCUGCUCUGUGUCGGUUUUUAUAAAUGAAUUAAAGUUUAUUGUUUAUUCACUUAAUCUCUCACAUGUCAACUUGAGAAAAGACAAGAAUAACAAAAAUAUGUAGCAGUUGUAAGUAGUGAGAGAUACUCAACCGUUUCGCAAUCAAGCAUGCUUAUUAUAGGGAUCCUGAAUUGGUUGUAAUUGUCAAAACAAAGCUAUUACUGAAUAUAUAUAUAUAUAUAUAUAUAUAUAUAU